GUUGCAGUGUACAAUUGAAGCUGAUGAAUUAUGCGACUGAUUAGUUCCAAAACAAAAACCCAGCUGGGAUUUUCACAUUUUGUGAACUGAUAUGUGUGUGUGUGUCUGCGUGUGCAUUUUUGAUCUUCAUUGCUCAUAAAAGGUAUUUGCAGAAUUUUGUACGCAUUGGAUAAUCUAAUCUGGUCUUUCCCUUUUGCUUAAGUUUUGGUAACUAUACCACCUACUUCAUAACUAUCAUAUCCUCUCUUUUUUGGAAUUAUAGAUAUGGCGGUUAUGAUGUCUUCGCUAUCAUCGCUUUUUAAACAUUCAUAUAUGUCAUUAAGACCUUCAGUUCAAUCUUUUUCAACUUCAUUACCGGUAAUGAUGAGUCAUUUUGUCAAUACUAAUAUUCUUCAAACCAAAAGUGAUCAUCAGUGUCUUUUCCAAACACCUCGUCGAUAUCGAAGAAGUGAAGAGGUGAAGAAAUACUACUCAGAAACUGGUGAUUAUAAUCCUCCGAAUCAAGAUGUCAUUGAUAGAUUUAAACGCUUACGUUGGGGUGCGUUUAUUCAUGCACGAGCUGGUCGUGAUAAACAUUUGUAUAGGCGAAGUGACGCUGAAAGAGCUCGACGCUCUGAACAUGUGUUGACUAAUCGUGCAACAUCCUUCCUGCUGGAUAAUAUGCUUAAUGAACAAUGGCGUAAACCGAAAUAUUAUCCGAAUGAUAUCUACGAACCAUAUCAUAAAAGAACUGGAGUACCAUGGGAUUAUGCACUGAAAAAGCGAAAAUUCUUUCCUUAAAUUUAUUUUACCAGAAAGAAUGAAAAGAAUGUUUUGAUUAAACUUGCCUUGUAGAAAAUACACACAGUAUUGAUUCGCACACACACACACUUUUGUCUUUCUUUGGUUGUUGCUGACAAUCAAUCCAUCCAUAAGGAGAAAGUUCGCAUCGAUGUAAAAUCAUCCAUUAACUAUUGUUCUACUUAUUACGAGUUAGUAGUAAGUACCGACUUCUUGUUGUUAAACUAAAUUAUCAGUGGUUGUUGCACUUUAGAAUUUUUGAUUCAAAGACAAUAGGUGCAAGCAACAAAAUAUAUUCCCUAUUUCUACAAGGAGUAGGACAAGAAUGCCUGUUGUCACCAAUGGUAUCGCUGGUAUUUUGGUAG